ACGUGACAUUAGUCAGUGACGCCUCGAGGAAGCAAGACAGAAGUUAAAUAAACCAGGCAGAAAUUCGUUGAGCGUAGAUUUGUAACGCAAAGAAUCCAACAAAAAUGGCAGACUUAUGGGAAGAAUUGCAAAGUGUAGCGAAUGCUGCUCCCGCUUCAUUCGCAGCCGCGCCAGGUGAGAGGGGCACCAUUAAGGCUAAAGCUAACUUCAACGUCAGUGAAGAUGUUGCAGCUCUCCGCAAAGCAAUUGAAGGCUUUGGUACAAACGAGAAGACACUGAUAGAAAUCCUGACCCACAGAAGCAGCAGCCAGAAGCAGGAGAUUGCUAAAGCAUACCGAGAAACCACAAAGAGGAUCUUAGUAAAUGACUUGAAAGGCGAGACCCAUGGCGACUUUGAAAAAGUUCUUGUUGGGCUGGCAAGACCUCUGGCAGUCAAUGAUGCUGAAUGGUUGCACAAUGCAAUGAAAGGAGCUGGAACAAACAAUAACAUCCUCAUAGAAAUACUUUCCUCACGGACAAAUAAACAAAUCAAGGAGCUGUCUGCAGCAUAUGCUGAAGAAACAAAGAAAACUCUCAUACAGGCCCUUAAAACAGAGGUUUCAGGGCAUUAUGGCAAAGCCAUCAUUCUACUUGCUGAGGGUGCGAGAGAUGAAAACCCCAGUGUGAAUGUAGACAAGGCUAGAGAAGAUGCACAGGCUCUCUACCAAGCAGGCGAGAAGAGACUGGGAACCGAUGAGUCCAAGUUCAUUGAGAUCCUCUGUAAACGGAGCUUCCCUCAACUGAGACAAACAACAUUGGAAUAUAAAAACUUCAGUAAAAAUACUUUGCAGAAAAGCAUAGAGAAAGAAAUGUCUGGAAACCUAGAAGAUCUGCUAGUUUCCAUUGUGAAGUGUGCAAUAAGUACCCCUGCAUACUUUGCUGAAAAACUCUCCAAAAGCAUGAAGGGAGUAGGUACAGAUGAAACCACUCUGACCAGAGUAAUGGUCAGCCGUGGAGAGAUUGACAUGCUGGACAUCAGAGCUGAAUACAAGACACUUUAUAAGCGUUCACUUUACAAGGCAAUAAGUUCUGAUGUGUCUGGCUAUUAUGGUGACUGCCUUAAGAUGAUUUGCGGAGGAGAAGACUAAUCCACAUCCAAUCCACUAUGCCCUGUGAAUGAAAGCAAACCAAGUGUUCAGCUUUAAAUUUUAAUAAAAAGGUUUUCUUUUAUGGGAUUUUAA